AUGGCACCCGAGCUCUCAUCGAACUGGAAGAAACUUCAAGCACAGAUCAAGGCCGAGAAACCCGCAAACCCGGCGACUCCGAAGAGAAAGGCAGGCGACAUCGGCCUUGACGAACAGGUCUCAGGGAGGAAGAAGCAGGGGCACGCUCUAAAACAAGAACCAGCGCAGCAGCCAGCUAAACCGACUUUUGAUUCCAAGUCCAAGUCCAAGGAAGGGAGACGUCCUCAAAUGGGCAACGCACAAUCCUCCAAGAUUGACCCUGUCCAUCCCAAGCACGGCGUUUCACCCUCACUCGCCCUGUGGGCAUCUGAGAAUGACAUUUCCCCGGAGCAACUAACUGAGGCUUAUGGCCUGGGCUUGCAAUCCAACUCCCUCCUCACUGAGACGCCUGCCCGUCCCAACGAGGGGCUUGCCACCGGGCUUGAGUUAGGCAAGUACCUCGCCAUCGACUGCGAGAUGGUGGGAAUAGGCGACGGCGGGCACGACCACGCGCUCGCCCGAGUCAGCGUGGUUGACUUUCACGGCCGGCAGGUGUACGAUUCGUAUGUACGUCCGCAAGAACGCGUCGUCGAUUGGCGCACUCAUGUGAGUGGUGUCAGCCCUCGCCACAUGGCUAAGGCAAGGACGUUUGAGGAGGUGCAGAGCCAGAUUGCAGAGUUGUUGAAGGGGAGGAUCCUGGUUGGACACGAUGUCAAGCACGACCUGCGUGUUCUCCAGCUGGAUCAUCCAUCUAAGCAGAUCCGAGACACAGCCAAGUUUUCGGGAUUUAGAAAGUACGGCAACGGGCCAAAACCAGCCCUACGGGUCUUGGCCCGCGAACUCCUCGGACUUGAGAUACAGACUGGACAGCAUUCGAGUAUAGAGGAUGCCCGGGUUGCUAUGUUACUCUUUAGGAAGCACAAGCCAGCCUUCGAUGUCGAACAUGCAAACCGGUACCCGGACCAGACGAAGCUGAAGCCAAAGCCAAAAGGGAAAAAUGCGAAACGUCGCUGA